AGCAGGCGGCGGCGGCGGCGGCGGGCCGCGGCGCAGCAGCAGCAAGCAGCUGAUGCAGCAGGCGCUGCUCCUGCAGCAGCAGCAGCAGCAGCCGCAGCCGCCCUUGUUCCCCGGGGCAACACCCGCACCCCCGGCCUCCUCGCCGCGCCGCAGAUAGAGCCCAUAGUUAGCGGAAACCUUCCUCCUGGGUUUGAUUCAAGCACAUGCCGCAGCGUGUAUGUUGGCAAUAUCCAUCUUCAAGUGACGGACGCAGUACUGCAGGAAGUCUUCCAAAGUAUUGGUCCAGUAGAAGGUUGCAAGCUCAUCAGAAAAGAAAAGUCAUCUUUUGGUUUCAUUGACUACUAUGACCGCCGAUCUGCUGCACUAGCAAUUAUGUCUCUCAAUGGCAGACAGCUGUAUGGUCAGCCAAUAAAAGUCAAUUGGGCAUAUACAAGUACUCAGAGGGAGGAUACAUCAGGCCAUUUUAAUAUUUUUGUUGGGGACCUUUGCCCUGAAAUCACUGAUGCCGCCUUGUUUGCGUUUUUCUCUGGAUACUCUACCUGCUCAGAUGCUAGGGUUAUGUGGGACCAGAAAACAGGACGAUCCAGAGGGUUUGGUUUUGUUUCUUUCAGGAACCAGCAGGAUGCUCAAAAUGCGAUAAAUGAUUUGAACGGUAAGUGGCUUGGCAACCGCCAAAUUCGUUGCAAUUGGGCAACGAAAGGCGCUAAUGCUGGUGAAGAGAAACAAAGUGUGGACACUAAAGUGGACCAGACCAAUGGUUCAUCAGAAGCUGGACAGGAGAAUCCAAAUGAAGUUGGUCCUGAAAACAACCCACUCUUUACCACUGUUUAUGUUGGUGGUCUUCCUCAUGAGGCCAGCAACAAUGAUGUUCACCUGUUUUUUCAUUCACUUGGGGCUGGCUUAAUUGAGGAGGUCCGUGUAACGCGUGACAAGGGCUUUGGCUUUGUGAGGUACAGCACCCAUGAGGAAGCGGCACUGGCAAUUCAGAUGGGCAAUGGUCAACUGAUUGGCGGGAGGCCGAUAAGGUGCUCCUGGGGAAACAAGCCAACUCCGCCAGGGACAGCAUCUUCGCCACUUCCCCCUCCGGCGCCAUCUCCAUUCCUCGGCGGUGUUUCCGCAACUGACUUCCUGGCCUACCAGCGUCUGGCCCUGAGCAAGAUCGCCGCUAACCCAGCCCUGAUGGGCCAACACGCCCUGAAGCAGGCCACGCUGGGGAUGGACACCGGAGCCAGCCAGGCUAUCUACGAUGGUGGCUUCCAGGGCAUCAAUGCUGCCACUGCCGCCGCCCAGCAGCAGCAGCAGCAGCAACAGCUCAUGUACUUCUAGAGUGACGACGACUACCCCAUGAGGCACCAGCUACCUGUCUCUGCGAGGAGGAUGAUGCCCCAGUACACCCCCCUAUACAUAUACUAGUAGUAUUAUAUAGUAGAUGAUGAAUCCUUACCAGGACCUUUUUUUAUUUACCUUAAUCUAAGUAACUUGUCCUGUAUGCCAGCUAUAUAUAUACGACACCCCGCGUAGAACAUAUGUAUUCCUAGAGACAUGGAAACCAAGUCUGGGUGUUACCCUGGCAUUCUAGUAUAAUUUUCUGUGUUUGGGUUAUCCUUCA